CUGUUGGCACCCGGGCAGCAGAAGGAAACCCCAGACCCAAACUUCUCUUCGUAGCCGAACUCCCCUUCCUCCUCCCUCACUCCCUCAUGCUCCUCCAUGCAGCCAGUUCUGCAGCCGGACCAGCAGCUGCCUGAUGGGAAACGCCGCCGCCUCCUGAUGGACUUGGCAUCUAGAGAUUCUGGAUUCUUCUGUUGUGUGACACCUUUUCUUCACACAUGAGCACUUUGGAAGUGAUAGAGACAUAAUUCAGCCCAUCAUGCUUUUAAAGUCAGGAGUAUUUCUCACCUUGUGUCUGUUUACCCUUCAGGCGAGUCGAAUCAAAGAACUGGAUGACAUAAACUUUUCCGGGCUCAGAGACGUGAAGUACCGGCACUUUCUGGAAGCUUCCCGACCCAUGAGGCAUGCGGCCAACGUCCGAUCCGAGCAGGACGGACAGCGGGUGAAGAGGUCCGCCGUCCACACCACAGGCGUCAAAGUGUGUCCCCAGGAGACGAUGAAAACCGUCAUCGGCAGCCACCGGGCCUACUACAAGCUCAGAGUUUGUCAGGAAGCAAUCUGGGAAGCGUUCCGGGUCUUCUUGGACAGAGUCCCGGCCCCGGAGGAGUACCGGACCUGGGUGUCCACCUGCCAGCACCAGAACCUUUGCAUGGACGACCUGGCCCAGAACUUCAGCAGCUCUCAGGAGCAUCUGGACCUGGUGGCCAGAAGAGUAGAAGAGGCUGAAAGUGAAGGGUUUGUUGCAGCUAAAGAGCCAAGCAGUGAAUGCUCUUGGACUCCUCCUCCCAUCCUGCUCCCGGCAGAAACAGACGAGGCUAAAGACCUGAUUCAGGAGAACUAUGAGGAAUACAUUGUUGAGUUCAGCAUCACUGUGUCUGACCCGACAUACAGCGAAAUGCUUAGCAACCCCGCAGCGCCGCAUUACAACAGCGUCACCAGAGAGCUCAGAGACAAGAUGGUUCAUGUGUUUGAAAAAGUUCCAGGAUUCAAAGAAAUACGAGUUCUUGGAUUCCGAUCGGAGGAUCUCUCUGUGCGCUACGCUGUGGUCUUUAACGGAGAAACGGAGCUAAACUCCGACAGUUUGGAGAUGGAAGAGGGAAAAGAGACAAGAGAAGAUGUGAAACUGAAACGCAUCAUCGUUACGGCCUUGCAGCAGGAGCCGACGCUGCUGCUGGACAUGCAGACACUCAGCUUUGAGGCUGUGACCGUGGUUUAUCCGGCUGUGGAACCAGAAGACGCCAGCCCACCCACCCAAAGUUUAUUCUCCACUGUGGGAGUUUUGGAAAACCAGCUGAAGGAUUCAGCUUCCGCCACACCAAAAACCUUUGUGCCUUUUAUCCCCACCGUCCUCCCAAAGACCAGCUCUAGCUUUACUGAUGGGAUUCCUUCAAUGGCAGCUGCAGAAGAAAAACCCAGAGAGGAGGAAGAGGAGGGAAAGGAGGAAGAGGAGCGAAAGGAGGAAGAGGAGGCUCCACCAGGUGAUGGUGAAGAUGGAGAUCCGAAGCUGGUGGGAAGUUCGAGCUCCAGGCCUGAAGGAACUCAAACCUCUGAGGUGAACCUGGAUCCAUCCAGAACUCCCACUGACCCGGUUUCCACCCGUUCAUCUGGUGAGGACGCCGUCCAGGGCAGCGAACCUGGAUCAGACGUGGAGCCUUUACCGUCUCCCGAGGACGGAGGGGAAGGUCGCUUGGAUCCGACCUCGGUCACCCAAACCGCUCCUGGAGAUCAUUCACGCACCGCAGGCGGAGUAACGGAGCAACAGGAAGAGGAGAGCGGGAGCGGAUUUGCGUCAGAAUCCGAUGAAGGUCCGUACGGCUCUACAGCCGCGCCUGCGAUGAGGCAAGCCAGCACACCCGUGAUGACCGCUGUGGAGAAGAGCAAAGAGUUGGUGGUUUUCUUUAGCUUGAGGGUCACGAACAUGAUGUUUACUGAUGACCUGUUCAACAAGAGCUCCCCAGAGUAUAAGUCACUGGAGAAUACCUUCCUGGAACUGACUCAGCACUUUGGGUCCAGAAACCAGCCAAACCCUGGAGCUUCCAGUAAAUCUGGGCUGGGGAGACAGACAACGUUAGCCUCCAUACCGCUUCUGCCAUAUUUACAGUCCAAUCUGACCGGAUUCAAGCAGCUGGAGAUUCUGAACUUCAGGAAUGGGAGUGUUGUGGUAAACAGCAGGAUGAAACUGGACAAGCCGGUGCCCAACAACGUCACAGAAGCCGUGCGCUGUGUGCUGGAGGACUUGUGCAGCGCCGCGUCUAAUCGGCUUGACAUCGAGAUUGACAGUCGCUCUUUGGAGGUUGAACCAGCUGACCAAGCAGAUUUGUGUAAGUUCCUGGCCUGCAACGAGUUUUCUCGCUGCGUGGUGAACAGCUGGAGCGGCGAGGCCGAGUGCCUGUGUGACCCCGGCUACAGCGCGGUGGACGGCCGGCCCUGCCAGGACACCUGCUCCCUGCAGCCGGACUUCUGCCUGAACGGAGGCGCGUGUGAGAUAAUCCCCGGCCACGGAGUCACCUGCAGAUGCCCUGCAGGUAAAUACUGGCGCUACCACGGCGCGCGCUGCAGCGAGCUGGUGUCGGUGCCUCUGGACCCGGCUCUGAUUACAACCUGCCUGCUGGGGAGCCUCUGCCUAGUUUGCGCCGUCAUCGGCAUUUUAAUAUUCAUCAACAAGAAGUGCAUAAGGACCAGAAAGUCCGUGGCUCUGGUGCACGCUCAUGCACCGUAUGCCUUUGAGAACACUUUGAGGGAGAACCCGGUUUUUGAGAAUGAUGACGGUGUCUUAACUCAUGUUUCCACUCUGCCGUGCGCCUCAAGCUCGGCCUCUUCGCAGUCUGAGCAGGAACAUUUUGCCUCGGUUGAAAAUAUACGCCUGAGUAUCGAGAUCCCCAGACGACUCUACACAACAAGAUCAGAAAAGUUAGUGUCAGACAUGGUGGGUUUCCAUCACAGUUUGCCACGCAGUGAGCUGUUUGACGCCUGCAAAGACGUGGCGACUGUCCAGUGAGUACGGGAGGUGCUGCCUGCUCCGGGCGCCAGACAGCGACUGUUUCGAAGUCACAGUCCUCUGAUGACACCUGAUCCGGAGCGAAGCAGGACAAAACGCUGCGGUUUCACUCCGCAUAGUGUUCAUAGUGAUAGACAGAGAGCUCUGCGGAUGAGGCUGCGUUCCAGGGGAAACUAAUAUUUAUUACUCGUUAUAAAUGGUAGGAACAUUUCCUCUACACGCUUGGCAAAGGUUGGUCUUUCCUCACAAUGAGGUAUUUAUUAUUUACAGAAAGAUGCACAUGGCUGUAUCUCACUGUAUGUGUAGAGAAAGUAAUAUAUUUUGUUUUGGAUGGAUUUUGUGUCCCAAAAAGAGAAUGUACUGUAUAAGCUACUGACUUGGCUGCUUCAGUCACUCCCAUUCGCAGACGUAUCGAUAACCAUUUGAUCCGGACAUAUUUUUGUACAUUUUUCAUGUAAAGCAA